CAGCGCAGGCUGCUUUAAGAGACGAGACUGUACCCGGAACUGAAGGAGGGCACUUGCAGAACUUUGCCUGGGGUUGCACACCAAGUUGUGCUGCCCAGCUUGUCCCGGCUUGGGAACAAACUGGCAGCUCCUCCCCUGGACUCUGGUCACUGCUUGGCAGCACCUGCACUGUUCAGUCCUUGCCUGUGACCGGACUGAGAAAUCAGCUGGAGAAAAGCGUCCACCAGAGCAACCCAAGCAGCUGAAUGUACUCUGAGAGGACACAAAUGCAGCUCUGACUGCUCUGCCUCACAGGAGAAGCAGUUCUGCUCUGCACGGCUCCUCUGCCCACGCUGAAAAUGCCAGAGGCCACUGCAAGCGCCCUCCUGCUCCGUGCUGGCCUGGCGCUGCUGGCCUGGCCCGUCUACCUGCUGUCCUUCCUGGGCAUCUGGGAGCCUUUCUGCAAGAAGGUCUUCUUUCCUUUCUUCUUAGAGAAGAUUUCUGGAGCUCACGAGAAGAAAUCAAAGAAGUACAAGCAGGAGCUCUUCCGCAACCUGCCCGACUUCAGGGGCCCCUCGGGGGAGCUGCGGCUGCUGGAGAUCGGCACCGGCAGCGGCUCCAACUUCCAGUUCUACCCCGCGGGCUGCAAAGUCACCUGCAGCGACAUCAACCCCAACUUCCAGGAGGGCCUCUCCAGGAACAUGAAGAAGAACCAGCACCUGCACUACGAGCAGUUCCUGGUGGCCGCGGGCGAGGACCUGGGGCAGGUGCCCAGCGGCUCGGUGGACGCUGUGGUUUGCACCCUGGUGCUGUGCUCGGUGCAGAGCGUCAGCAGCACCCUGAGGGAAGUGCUCCGAGUGCUCCGGCCGGGAGGAGCUUUCUAUUUCUUGGAGCACGUGGCCGCUGAGCAUUCCAGCUGGACGUAUUUUUGGCAGCAAGUCUGUUACCCAACUUGGAAACUCGUCUUUGCUGGAUGCUGCCUCACGAGAGAGCUGUGGAAGAAUCUGGAAGAGGCAAAGUUCUCCGAGCUGAAGAUACAGCACAUCAGCGUGGCGUUGCCCUGGAUGCCCAUCGAGCCGCACAUCGUGGGCUACGGGGUGAAGUAACCCCUGUCCUGCCCCCCUGUCCCCCAAAAUUCCUCAUUGUGACCCACACACCCAGCACAGCACAGGCUCCUCCACAUGUACCCAUAUCAGUAACACUUGAAUCAGAAACCAAACUGUCAGGCGAGAAGAGAGGGUCAAUUUCCUGAGUGUCUCUGAAUCACACAAUCAAACAAAGUUGGAAAAGCCCUUUUGGAUCACAGUCCAACAGUAACUCAGCACCAGCACCGUGUUCACCACUAAACCACGUCCCCAAUGCCACACCCACGGUUUUUGAACACUUCCAGGGAUGGGCACUCCACCACUGCCCCAGGCAGCCUGUGCCAGGGCCUGACAGCUCUUUCCAUGAAGAAAUCUUUCCUCUUAUCUAAUUAAACCUCCCCUGGUAUACCUUGAGUUUCCUUCCCGAAUGAAGCCUUGGCACUGCUGACCCUGCCUUGCUAGAACCCAGUGCAGCCAGGGAGGUUCCCAGGACAACAAAAACCAGCCGGGGAAGCAGAAAAUAAAUGUAUUAAUGGAAGGGGA